CUUUAUGUCAACAGCAGAACUUUUUUACGCACGUCAACAGCAACACACCCGGGUAUGUACAUACGUUUUGUAUGGCAAAUGGCACGCCGUUAUAACUCGGCAGUAGUUGGUGACGAGGCUUUAGAUGAAUGUGUAGGUGAUAUUCGUGGUGAUGACUCAGACUUAGAAGAGCCCACGUUACCAGAAUAUGACCCAGAGGACGACAGUGAUUCUGAUGAAGAACUUGAAGAUGCACCAAUUGAAGCUGGGGAAUAUUUUACUGCCAGAGAUGGUAAUGUUUGGUCUUCGAUACAACCACAACCUGUAAGAUUCCGUACGCACAACAUUCUAAGAAGUGCACAAUCUGUACCAGUACGGGCAACGCAAGGUUUGACCAUUUCAGAAACGUUCAAACUGAUAAUGUCAGACGAAAUAUGCGACAUAAUUUUUCGUGAAUCAAAUCGAAAGGCAAGGCAAUUCUUUUAUGAUGACAAUGCAAAACAUCCAACAAGAGAACCGAGAUCAUGGAUUUCCAUAACAGAAAGUGAAUUUGAUGCAUAUUUGGGCAUACUUUUGCUAAGUGGCGUUACACAUUCUGGUUACGUGCAUACGAAAGAUUUUUGGAAUACUAAAUCACAUCCAUUAUAUCGUGCUGCAAUGAGUGUACGACGAUUUUGGGAAAUUAGCCGCUUCAUUCGUUUUGAUAAUGGAAACACACGCCAGCAACGCAAACAAACUGACAAAGCAGCAGCAAUAUCGGACGUUUUUUUGAUGCUAAACAGCUGUCUUCGUAGAUAUUACGUGGCAGAAGCCAACGUCACCGUAGUUGAACAAUUGUAUGCUAAUCGUGGUGGAACUGGCUUCACGCAAUACAUACCAUCAAAACCUGCCAAAUGUGGGAUAAAAGUGUGGUGGGUGUGCGACUCCAUUUCGUCCUAUCCAUUGCAGGUACUAUCAAUAUUGUUGAAUGUAUAAAUAACUAAAUUGAAU